AUUCCAUAGCUCACUGAAACGACCAGAGAAAGCUCAACUUCUACAGUGAAUUCGCACUGAGCUUUGAGGAAUCGCUCUGAGAUUUGACUAAGGAACAAGGAAGUAGCAAUUUUCAAGACGAUUUGAGGUCGAUUUUUUGAGGUAUAUUUUAGAAUUUCUGACUGAUAUUGACAGUUCAAGAUGAGAUGCAAUGCUUGCUGGCGAGAAUUGGAAGGGAGGGCCAUUUCAACCACUUGUGGUCACUUGUUGUGCACUGAAGAUGCUAGCAAGAUCCUUAGUAAUGAUGCAGCAUGUCCCAUAUGUGAUCAAAUUCUCUCGAAGAGUCUUAUGAAACCUGUGGAUAUCAACCCAAAUGAUGAAUGGAUAAAUAUGGCAAUGGCAGGAGUAUCUCCUCAGAUAUUGAUGAAGAGUGCAUACAGAAGUGUGAUGUUCUACAUCGGGCAAAAGGAAUUAGAAAUGCAAUACAAGAUGAACAAAAUUGUAGCUCAAUGUCGGCAGAAAUGUGAGACAAUUCAAGAAAAGUUUUCAGAGAAACUGGAGCAGGUUCAUACUGCAUAUCAAAAAAUGGCCAAAAAGUGUCAAGUGAUGGAACAGAAGAUUGAAAAUUUGUCAAAGGAUAAGCAAGAGCUUCAAGAAAAGUUCGCUGAGAAAUCAAGACAGAAGAGAAAACUUGAUGAAAUGUAUGAUCAAUUAAAGAGUGAGUAUGAGUCAGUGAAAAGGUCAGCCAUUCAACCAGCCAACAAUUUCUUUGGAAGAAACGAGCCUGAUAUUUUCUCAAAUCCAGCAACUAACUUGAUGGACAGCAGAGAACCUAUCAGAAAGGAUCGGUCAUUUUUCUCUCCUGCAACUCCAGGGCCUCGAGAGGAUGUAUGGCCAGCAAGACAGAAUAGUUCAAACUCUGGUCCCUUUGACAUCUCCAGUGGUUCACCAUUAAAACAAACAGCCAUUCCAGUUGAUGUUGGUGGUAACAGAAGAGCUGGUACUCACACUGCAUUUGGAUCAGGUGGCAAUAACCCUUCAAUGACUUUGAGGAAUCUGAUAAUCUCUCCAAUAAAGCGGCCUCAGCUCUCACGUAACCGUCUCAACAUGUUCACGUUAUAGGCUCAAUGCUGAAGGCUUUCACCAGGUGGACUUGGCAUGGAGAUAGUUUUCCUCAUUUUGUAGUUCAAAGAAAGGAAAAGGAAAAAUUACAACAAAAAUAAAUACGUCUAUAACAAGAUAUACGAGAGAAUUGUUUUCUCACUGCUGACUUAGAAACUUUUGAGGGUUAAGCAGCUGCUGACAUCAAAUGCAUGUAGAAUUGGAUAGAAGAAUUUCCUGUUGAAGAGGCUCAAACUUGUGUAUUUCAAGCAUUCUGAGGUUUUGUUGAUAAUGACAAUCAUGCGUUGACUAGAUGACGGAGAUUCGCAUCCAAAUUGAUGAAUGCUUGUACUAGGUGAAAAACCUAAAUUACCCUAACUUCAAUAAAUCUACAAAUCCCCU